CAUGGAGCCGUCGGGGAGCCUGCUGCAGGGCAAGGCCUUCUACUGCCGCGAGUGGGCGCUGGGCCGGCUGGCGCUCAGCCUGGAGGGCGGCGGGGGGGUGCUGGUGACCGGCGGGGCGGGCAGCGGCAAGACGGCCCUGUGCACCGAAGCGCUGUGGCCCACCUCGCCGGCCGGGCGGCGGGUGGCGCUGGGCGAGAGCGCCCUCGCCUGGCACUUCUGCCAGCCCCACGACGCCGCCACCCGCUCGCCCGCCGCCUUCCUCCGACGCCUCGUGGCCCAAAUGGAGCGCUGCCCUCUCCUGCCCGCCUACCGCCAGCACCUCCGACGCCACGCCGACGCCUGGCGCGCCCUCGACGGGGCCGAGGCCAAGAAGGACCUCGACCAGGCCUUCCGCAGAGCAGUGCUGCUGCCCUUGCUGGACCUGCCGCCCCCUGCCAAGCCGCUGCUGCUGGUGGUGGACGCCCUGGACGCCGGACUCCUGCACCACCAGGAAGAGGGGCGCCCCCCGCCGCCCGGGCCCAGCCGCACCAUCGCCCAGCUCCUGGGCAGCCACCUCCAGCUCCUGCCCCCCUGGCUCCUGCUGGUCUGCACCGCCCGCUCCCACUGCAAGGGGCUGCUCCGCCUCUUUCCCGGUUUCCACCGGCUGUGCCUGGACGACCUGCGGCGGGACUCGGUGGUGUGCGACGUGCAGCAGUACAUCCUAGCCCGGCUGGAGCGGGAGGAAGCGUUGCGGCGGCACUUGACGCGCGACACGGCCGAGGCCCUGAGCCAGCUGCACAUCAAGAGCAACGGCUGCCUGCUGUACCUGGAGCGGGUGCUGGACGGCGUGGCGGGGGAGCUGGUCACCCUGCGGGAGGUGCGCCACAUCCCGGGCACCCUCUACGGCCUCUACCUCUGGCUGUGCCAGCGCCUCUUCCCUGGGCAGGAGUUUGCCACCGUCCGCCCCUUGCUGGAGGCCCUCCUGGCCACCCCUCGCCCCCUGGGGCCCACGGAGCUCUACGCGGCAGUCUGGACGCGCCAGCCCGUGCCCUGGCAGGAGUUUGCCGGGUGGCUGGCAGCCCUGGGGGCGCUGGUGCGAGAGGGCCCGGGGGGCGCCUGCCUCCUCUUCCACGACAGCUUUGCCGAGUGGCUGUGUGACGUCAAGCACUGCACCCAGAAGUACGUGUGCCGCCCGGCCUGUGGGCACGCCUCCCUGGCCAUGAGCGCCUCCUGCCGGGCGCCGGAGCUGAGUCCGGAGCAGGUGCAUGAGCUGGCCCGCCACCUGCUGUCUGCCGAGCUGGGCCUGGAGGCCUGGCAGCUGGCCCUGUGGCUGGUGUGGUGCCAGGCGCCCGUGGAGCGCUGCCUGGAGGUGGUGGAGGAGCUGCUGCUGCCGCUGGAGCCCCCCGUGCUGGAGCUGCUGGUGCUGGCGGGGGCCCACCUGGGGGACCAAGGCCCCGGGCCCUCCCUGCAGCAGGCCCUGGAGCGCGAGGACUCCGUGCGCCUCUUGCUGGAAAACGGCGCCAGCGUCAACCAGCGCGAUGCCAACGGCCGGACUUUGCUGGCCAGCGCCGCCCACAGUGGCAACCAUGAAGUGGCGGGGCUGCUUCUGGCCCGGGGGGCGCAGGCGGAAGUCCCGGACCGGCACGGACAGACGCCCAUGACCCUUGCCGCCCGCCAAGGACACACCAAGGUGCUGCGCUGCUUGCUGGCUCACGGGGCCAGUGUGGACCGGCCCGACCGGGAAGGCUGGACGGCGCUGCGGGCUGCAGCCUGGGGGGGCCACAGCGAGGCUGUCAGCGUCCUCUUGCGGGCGGGGGCGAGCGUGGACUGCUCCGACACGGAGGGGAGGACCGCGCUGCGGGCAGCUGCCUGGGGGGGGCACGAGGACAUCGUGGACACUCUGCUGCAGCAUGGGGCUGGCGUGAACCGGGCCGACAUGGAAGGGCGCACGGCUCUCAUUGCGGCCGCCUACAUGGGACACCGAGAGAUCGUGGCGCUGCUGCUGGCUCACGGCGCCCACGUGGACCACGCCGACGUGGAUGGGCGCACAGCACUUUCCGUGGCGGCCCUCUGUGUCCCGGCCAGCCGCGGCUACGCCAAAGUGGUGGAGCUGCUGUUGGAUCACGGAGCCUCCCCGGGACAUGCAGACCGGGACGGGAUGACCCCCUUGUUGGUGGCCGCCUAUGAGGGCCACGCGGAUGUGGUGGAGCUGCUGCUGGAAGCCGGGGCUGACGUGGACGAGGCGGACUCUGGGGGCUGCACCCCGCUCUUGGCUGCCGCCUCCAUGGGCCACAGGGCGGUGGUGGACUCCUUGCUGCUUUGGGGGGCGGCCGUGGAUGUCCUGGACAGCGAAGGGCGGACAGUGCUGGGCGUGGCCGCCGGGCAGGGCAGCGAGGGCGUGGUCAGGGCUCUGCUGGAGCGGGGCCUUGAUGAGAACCACCGUGACGGGCUGGGCUGGACCCCCCUGCACCUGGCUGCUUGGCUGGGCCACGCUCGGACCUGCGUCCUGCUCCUAGAGGCCGGGGCCCGCGUGGCCGAGCCCAACCGGGACGGGCGGGUCCCUCUGCUGCUGGCCGCCCAGGAAGGCCAGACGGACACCGUGCGGCUCCUGCUGGAGCGGGGCUCUCCCAUCGACCACGCCGGCUACGACGGCCUCUCUGCCCUGAGCCUGGCCAUGCUGGGGGGGCACCGCGCCACGGCCGAGCUGCUCCUGCGCAAGGGGGCUGACGUGAAUUUGUCCGACGCCGAGAGCCGUCCCCUGCUCUACCUCCUGGUGCUGGAAGGGCUGCUGGAGAUGGCGGAGGUGCUGCUGGAAAACGGCGCCAGCUUGGAGGGGCGGGACGCCCAGGGCCGCACUGCUCUGCACGUCACCUGCUGGCAGGGGCAGGUGGAGGCCACACGACUCCUCCUGAGCUACGGGGCGGACGUGGCUGCCGUGGACGGGGAGGGCCGCUCUGUCCUGCACUUGGCUGCCUGGCAGGGCCACGCCAGCCUCGCCCGCCUCUUGCUGGAGAGCGGGGCUCAGCUCGACCACGCCUGCGGCGAAGGGGCCACUGCCCUGGGCAUCGCGGCACAGGAGGGCCACGCCGAGGUGGUGAGAGUGCUGCUGGAGCAUGGAGCCAACCCCCACGUCCGGGACAGGGCCGGGCGCACCCCCAUGCGCAUGGCUGCCAAACAGGGUCACCAUGCCGUGCAGCAGCUGCUGGAAUGCCCCAGGGGCCUGCCCGUGCCCACCUCCCCCCGGCUGGGCUCCUCCAGCAGCUCCACGAGCAGCCCAGCUCCCCCCGGCAAGGGCUCCAGCUCCCCCUCCACGGACUCGGGGGACGAACGCCGCAAGUCCCUGCUGUCCCACGGCUCUUCGGCCGCCACCACGUCCACUUUCCACUCCCUGGCCACGGCGCAGACGGUGCCCGCGGACAGCCUCAGCUUUGCCCAGCAGAUCCAGCAGCACUCUCUGCCCCGCCGGCGCCAGGCUGCCCUCCCAGCCGCCCACCCCCCGGGGGGUCCGGACAAGCACAGCGAGGGGCCUGGGGCCCCUCUCCUCUCCCUGGAUUCUCUCGACCCCCACCUGCACCUCAAGGCCGCCAUCAAGCUCCAGUUCGAGGGCCCCACCUGCGGCUACCAUUACAAGCAGGAGACCCCCCUCUGA